CAGAGUAGCCAAUCAUCUCCUAAGUCCUUCCUACCAACACUCACUCCUUAUUACUUUACUCCUUACAAUCUUCAAGAAAUUAAACCAUAGGACUAUAUUAUUAAACUAUAUUUAUCAAAUUUCAUUCUUCUUUUCGUUAAAAAUGGACUGUACUAACUGCCAUACAACCUUACAAAUCCCAAAUGGUGCUCAAUCCAUUCGCUGUGCCGUCUGCCAUGCAGUUAGUCGCAUUGGCAGCCGGCUACAGCUACUAGCCAACAAGUACCAUUAUCCUCAACUCCUUUCGCCUUUUGGCCGAAAGAGAGCUGUGGUUAUUGGUAUUGCGUAUAAAAAUACUGACGAUGAGCUCGUGGGUUGUAUCAAUGAUGCCAAAUGUAUGAAGUACUUGCUUGUCAAUCGAUUCAAUUUCCCUCAAGACUCCAUUCUCAUGCUCACUGAAGAAGAAAGAGAUAAAAAGAGGAUGCCAACUAAACAUAAUAUAAUAAAGGCAAUGUCCUGGCUUAUGCAAGGAGUUAAAGCAGGGGAUUCUCUGGUAUUUCAUUUUUCUGGUCAUGGUUCACAGCAAGAGAAUGACACUGGAGAUGAAAUUGAUGGUUACGACGAAACACUUUGCCCAUUGGAUUAUGAAAAACAAGGAGAGAUUGUUGAUGAUGAACUAAAUGCAAUACUCGUCAAACCUCUUCCUCCUGGUGCGAAGCUUCAUGCCAUAAUAGAUGCUUGUCACAGUGGCACUAUGCUUGAUUUGCCGUUCCUUUGUAGGACGGGCAGAACUGGACGAUAUGUAUGGGAAGAUCAUCGUCCUCUAUCAGGAGCAUGGAAAGGAACAAAUGGAGGAGAGGUUAUAUCCUUCAGUGGUUGCGAUGAUCAUCAAAACUCUAAAGAAACAGAAAAUUUGUCCAAGGUUACUUCAACUGGUGCAAUGACUUUUUCUUUCAUACAAGCAAUUGAACGCGGACAAGGAACAACAUAUGGAAGUAUUCUAAAUGCAAUGAGAACUUCAAUCCGCAGAUCUGAUAGUGAUUUAGGAGGAAAAAUUGUUACAACUCUUCUCACAAUGCUAAUAAAUGGAGGAAGCCUUGGCAGUGGGGAAAGACAGGAGCCCCAGUUAACUGCGAAUGAGCCAUUUGAUGUGUACACCAAGCCGUUUUCGUUAUAGUAAUAUCUUAAGCAACUCUGGUUUUAGUUUUUCAUUCCUCAACUGAGUGUCUAUUGAAACAACCUCUCUAUUUUCACAAAGUAGGGAUAAAGUCUGUGUAUAUACUGUCCUCCCUAGAUCCCACUAUGUGGGAUUAUACCGGAUAUGUUGUUGUUGUUAAUUCUCGUUUUCACAUAGUUUGGGUGCACAGAUACUGAAUGGCGUAUAAAUAAAAAGUAUCUCUUUGCAUUUUCAGGUUUAA